UAGUUUGCGGUACAACCGCCGAAGUGAAAUUGAGUGCUGGUUCAAAAUGGGGGCAAAGCGACUGCUUCCAUGACGCCUCGCUUUCAAGCUAGUGUCUAAACUGCUGUUGUUGUCACCUUAUUUAACUCAUUUAAGUAUUUGCUGUACGCUCCGAAAGAUAUUUAAACGUUACGUGUAUUAUUUUAUCGACUAGUUGUCAUAUGGUCCAACUACAGAGUCGCGACCAAUUGCUCAACAACCGGGCAUUGUAAGUUCUAGUCAGUUAGCUCGCUAACAUGGCUUUACUUGUGCAAAUACGUCAACCGGUUUAUUUUGUGACUUCAUAUAAGGUGGACAGUUCAAUAUAGACAUGCCUGGUGAAGCCACGGAGACCGUUCCGGCUAUGGAACAGGAGAUGCAGCAGCCACAGGGGGAGACUGCUUCGGGGGACUUGGGUGCUUCUGUCUCCCUGGCAGCAUCAGUGCCUGAAGCAGUCAAGGUGAUCGCUACAGAUAGCCCAGUGGGGGCUGCUGAAAUUGCCAAAGGGGAACAGGGGUCAGUUGGAACACAGGAAACUGGUGCUUUGGAAAGCAGGAGCAAUGAGGACGGGAAGGACAGUCUAGAAGUUCGAUCUGAGCCUGAGAAGAAGCUAAAUGGAGAAGUGAUGGCUGCGGAUUCUGCACAGGAUGAAGUGCAAGGAGAAGCUGAUGGUGCCGUAGAAUCCUUUGCUGCUGAGAUCAUUGAAGUCUCCACCCAAGAGACUGAGCCCACCCCAGAAGAGCAAGAAGGCCAAGACCCAGUGGGUACCACAGGAGUGGCAGUCCAAGACCAAAUUACUAUUACAGAAGAAACUGUCCAAGAAUCUGUGGCUCCCACAGAUGAUCAAGUUGUCAUUGAACCAGUAGGAACCAUAGAAGGUGAAGCCGUCAUUGAGCCAGUGGCCACCACAGAAGAUGUCCGAGAAUCAGUGGUUAUUGCAGAUGACCAGUCUAUCCAAGAAACCAUUCCUCCUGUUGUAGAACCGUCUGUAGAUGAAACUGCUAUUCAGACAUCCCCAACAGAAGAACCAGUUGUCCAAGAACCAGCUCCUGCUGAAGCACCAGGCCACGAAGAACCAGUGAAUCCUGAGGAGCCUGUUACUGCCACUGAAGGUGCAGCAGUUCAAGAAUCAGUGGAAGCACCUGUGGCUGUUACUGAAGAAUCUGCUACUCAAGCAUGCCUGGCUUCAUUGGAAGAAUCCGUUGCUCAAGAACCUGUAAUUGUCCCUGAAGAAUCUGGUGUUGAAAAAGAAACUCAAGUGAUCACAGAAAUUGCCGCUGAAGAAUCUGUAGCUGUUGCUGAAGAAUCUGCCACUGAAGAAUCUGUAACCAUCUCCAAAGAAUCUGCUUCCAAAGAAUUUGUUGCUGAAGAAUCUGUAGUUGAAGAAUCAGUGGUAUCUGUGGCUGAAGAAACAUCCACUCCAGAGCCAGCAAUUAUCACAGAGGAUUCAUCUGCUCCCAGUUCAGUUGCAGAAGAUUUAGUGGACAAGGCAAUGAUUGCAUCUGAGAGCAUCAGUGCAGAAGCAGCCCUGCCUACUGCUGAGGUAGUCACAGCUGGCGAGGACUCUGAGCCAGUUAGCCUGGAACAGUCUUCAGAACAAAGUGUUGAACCCAGUCCUGAAGUGGCUAGUUCAGUGAUCGCAGCCACAGAAGUUGAUUUGGAGCCUGUUGAUGUGGGCAUUGAGGUGGUCACCCAGAAUGAAGUGGCCAUACAGAGUGAAGAGUCCAUUGCCACCUUAUCUAAUGAAGGUGUCCAGACUGAGGUGUCUUCUGGUCGCGCAGACCGGUCCCUUGCAGCCAGGAAGCCUUCAGCUCCAGUUCCUCCUGUGGCGGCCGCUGCAGAAAAGUCAGCAAUUCCUCCCACUCCUUCCAAGAUGCUUUCCUCCACUUCUCCAAACUCUGCGGCUGCUAGCGCCCCUGCUGUGCCUAAAACUAAAGAAUCUAAGGGUGGCCCCAAGCAGUCAUCCUCUCCUCUCUCCUCCACCUCGAGCCCUGUGCCUGUAGCCACCAAGCGCCAUUCUUCAUCUGCUUCUGCCUCCUCCCCAACUUCCCCCAAGUCCUCUUCCUUCCCUCGCUCCCCCAAAUCAUUCUCCUCCUCUCCUCAUUCCCCUUCCUCUCCAAAAUCCUUUACCUCCCUCCCUCGCUCCACUCCUCCCUGCUCCCCCCUGGCUUCUCCCUUAACACCUCCCCAGGGUGGCUUUUCGGGUCCUGGUCAGGGAGAGGGGUCCAGCCCUCAGCCAAAGGUGGUCAAAGCUGGUGAGCGAAAGAAAGCAAAGAGGAGUGCCAAAGCACAGCAGCCUGCUAAAGCUGCCCCACCUGCUGUCCCAGCUGAUGCCCCACUCCAGGCUAGCCCUGCCCCUGAAGUACUCUCUCCCUCCAAGAAAGUGCCCGAGGCCACACCAGCUAAGGAAGCAGUCCUGCUCUCCUCUCCUGUUGCUGACAUCCCUGUUCCAGCCCAAAUCCCUGCUGCCCCACUACCCCCACCACUAAAAACCAAACUGGUCCAACCCAAAGUGGACAUCAGUGUCCCAGCACUUGUCAAAGAUGAUGUAGCUGUUGCAACUGCGGUUGAGGCAAAGUCUGCCGUUGAGGCCAAGCCCGUGCCUGUGGAGGCCCCGGCUGAGGCCAAGCCCGUGCCUGUGGAGGCCCCGGCUGAGGCCAAGCCCGUGCCUGUGGAGGCCCCGGCUGAGGCCAAGCCCGUGCCUGUGGAGGCCCCGGCUGAGGCCAAGCCCGUGCCUGUGGAGGCCCCGGCUGAGGCCAAGCCCGUGCCUGUGGAGGCCCCGGCUGAGGCCAAGCCCGUGCCUGUGGAGGCCCCGGCUGAGGCCAAGCCCGUGCCUGUGGGGCCCCGGCUGAGGCCAAGCCCGUGCCUGUGGCGGCCCCGGCUGAGGCCAAGCCCGUGCCUGUGGGGCCCCGGCUGAGGCCAAGCCCGUGCC